GUCCGUUUCGCCUUGUCUCGCGCCGCACCCUUGACUUAAUAAUUUAGUAUGUGCCGAAUAAAUUUGUAAUCAAAAUAUUUGUAAGACUGUUGCUUUGAAAUCGGUAGUUUAUUUUAUAUUUAUGUAAUUACUGCCUUGUGGCACUCCAAACACACGGUGUGAUGCGCUCACUUGUUGGACAUUUUUAUAUCAGUGUACUUGUGUAGAUCGUGCAAAAAUGUCAACUGAGAGCCUAAACAGUUUGAGCGACAAGGAGCUGCACAGAAAGCUGAUCCAGAGCGGUUUUCCCAACACCCCGGUGACGGAGACAACGCGAGCGGUUCUCAUUGAGAAGCUGAGGAAGCACACGCGCGCGGACAAGCUGAAAAAGCGUAGCAACAAGUACGUGCUGUACUCCAAGGAGCAGCCGGAAUCGCCGGCGUAUCCCCAGUAUCCCCAGCCGCCUAUCUACGCCAAUGGCCUGGACAACAACAACGACCUGGAGCUCCUCGGUCGCAGCUCGUCGGUUUUUAAUCGCAGCUUCGACGAGAACGACUCCGUGAGUCCGUUGCAGUUGUCCGCAUCCAAGAUGUACGCCCCACCGCCUGUGGUGGCCUCCAAUUACGACGCGGACUGCUCGCCACAUGGUUUGGCUGGCCUAAAUGGCAAGUACCGGCAGCAAUGCUCCAUGCCAUACGCCAUCGACACGUCGAAUAACUACGGGAAGCCUAGCAGCAGCAGCAGCAGCGGAAAGGUCAAGAUAUCCGAUGGAGGUGUGGUGAACAGACUGCUCAGCUUUCGGGACACCACAAUCCAAAGGAAAUUCAACUACCCAGCAGGCCCGGUGUCGCGAGGCCCGCCCAGGAAUGAAAGACUCAAUCGAUUCGCUUUGUCGGACCUCAAAUCGUUUUUCAAAAACCCCGACAUCCGACCCUACGUAAUACCACAAGUGCUCAUUUCGCUGUUCUUAAUUUUCCUGACAAUAAUCACUGUUUUGUACGUGGGCAAGCGGUUCGAGCAGAGUCCCAUCGACAAGACCGCACUGAAGUAUACAUUAUGUAACCCCAACGAAUUGCAAAUGGUCGGCGAAAGAGUGAAUUGCAUAGCAAAAGAUUCGCUGAGGGGCGCACUGGAUUUGAGCGAGGAGCUCUUUAGGCAUCUGAACGAGCGAGCCCGGCUGCAUCACUGCAAAGACGCCAGUUUGUCGCCCAUUCUGGAGAUUGGCGAGUUUAUAAGGGAAAUGAUCAGCAGCCCAAAAGUUCACAGGGGAAAUUUCCACAACAACUUGAUGGCCGCGAAAUAUCUUAUUGCCGAGAAUCCGCAGUGGAGCAUUCAAGUGGUGGAUUCCUCGAAGCCCGUUGGACAGAGCUCGUAUUUUGAGCUUUCCGAACCCAAUCUGCCGCUCAAAUGCAUUGUGAUGAAGAAAAUGACCCGCUUUUUUACCGUGAUCGGUACACUUCUACUCGUCGUAGCUGGAUUCCUUGUCGUCUACUUUGCAGUGGUGAUUUACCGAGUCAAACAGAAGGAGGCCAUGCUGGCGGUCGACCAGUUCUCAAAGGACAUAAUCAACGAGCUGAUUUACCUAAGCUCCCAGUCCGAGAAUCCCGAGGUGAUCAUCAGCCAACUGCAGGAGAAGUUUUUGCCGGCCAAGAAGCGCUCUAAGCACUUGUCUUCUUGGAAUAAGGCGCUCAAGCAGCUGGAGAAGAACGACAGCCGGGUGCUCUUUGGAAUGGUCAAUCGGGAUGGCAAGCCGAUGCGCACAAUUGCGUGGAACAGGAAUCUGGACAAGAAGGAUGUGGGUUUGGUGAAGAAAUGGCAGAGUCCCGCCUUCGACAACUCCAACAAGAUUGCCAACCCACCGACGCCCUGCCUGAAGAUCCGGCACAUGUUUGACUCCUCGGAAGUGGACCAGGCCAAUCUGAAGCAGUCGAUCGUCGAGUCCAUCAUCGAGAAGGUGGGCUCGCGCUGUAAGAUUUGCGAUGUCCAGCUGGACAUCCAGUCCUGCUGCGUUUACAUCCGAUGCGCCAGCGAGGAGGACGCCGGCAUGAUUCACAACGAGAUCAACGGCUGGUGGUUCGACAAGCGCUUGAUUUCGAUUAAAUUCUUAAGACUUGAACGCUACCUAAGCCGGUUCCCCAAGCCCUCGGCCGAGCCACUUUACUUUCACACCAGCGAGGCAGCCAAUAACACUCACUCAUAAACAAAACAAAACAAACAACUCUACACUAGUUACUUAAGUUAUUAAAAUGCGAAUUUGUUUUACAUGUA